UUCACUUAUAACAGCCGUUCAAAAGACUCGAGUUGUUCGUGAACCUCACAUCUCUAGUGUUCUCUGAUGACGUUUACAAGCUGCGACGGAGAGUCCGACAGACUAGAGGGAUGGAAUGGAGUCAGAGCCCACAGGUUGUGUGGAAAUAAAGUUUAUCCGUGACCCUCUGUGGAUAGAAGGAGGUCUGCGUAGGAGCCCGUAUUGUUUUCAGGUGGAUUUACAUGAUGGAAUGGAGCGAGUGUUGAGUUUGAGCAGUUGGAGACGGAGGAGUUGAACAUGGAGCAGCAUUAGUCCGGAAAUAGCCCCAGGCAGCAGAGCCACAACCAGAUGGAGGAGAGUCCCACGGCAGAGUGAAGUGUUCCACAGUCCGACUGGAUAGAACAGCACAGGAGAAAACUGGAGGAAAGAAGCAAAAGGUGGAUUUGAACUGAAACCUAAAAGUUCUAUCUGGAGGAAGACCAAGAUCACCUGAUUCCAGCAAAAAUGGAUGGAAGACCCACCUGUUACCAGUGUGGAAAGACUUUCACCAGAAUGAGUGUGCUGAAGGAACACCAACGCAUCCACACUGGAGAAAAACCAUAUCACUGUGACCAGUGUGGGAAGACUUUCACCAGAAUGAGUGGGCUGAAGAAACACCUACUCAUCCACACUGGAGAAAGACCAUGUGACUGUGACCAGUGUGGAAAGACUUUCACCACAAUGAGUGGGCUGAAGGAACACCAACGUGUCCACACUGGAGAAAAACCAUAUUACUGUGAGCAGUGUGGGAAGACUUUCACCAGAAUGAGUGGGCUGAAGAAGCACCUACUCAUCCACACUGGAGAAAGACCAUGUGACUGUGACCAGUGUGGAAAGACUUUCACCACAAUGAGCGGGCUGAAGGACCAUCAACGCAUCCACACUGGAGAAAGACCAUAUUACUGUUACCAGUGUGGGAAGACUUUCACUAUAGCAAAUCACUUAAAAAUUCACCUGCGCAUCCACACUGGAGAAAGACCAUAUUACUGUCACCAGUGUGGGAAGACUUUCACUAUAGCAAGUCACUUAAAAAUUCACCAACGCAUCCACACUGGAGAAAAACCAUAUAACUGUGACCAGUGUGGGAAGACUUUUACCACAAUGAGUGUGCUGAAAGAACAUCUACGCAUCCACACUGGAGAAAGACCAUAUUACUGUGACCAGUGUGGGAAGACUUUUACCAUAGCAAGUGCUUUUAAAAGGCAUCAACGCAUCCACACUGGAAAAAGACCAUAUAGCUGUGACCAGUGUGGAAAAACUUUUAUCAUAGCAAAUGAUCUAAAAAUCCACCAACGCAUCCACACUGGAGAAAGACCAUUUGAUUGUAACCAGUGUGGGAAGGCUUUCAGCACUAUGAGUGGGCUUAAAUACCAUCAACGCACCCACACUGGCGAAAGACCAUAUGACUGUGAGCAGUGUGGAAAGACUUUCAUAUCCUCAUCUGCUUUACAUUCUCAUCGCCGUGUUCACCACAAGAAGUUGAUGUACCCUUGUGAUAGGUGCACAAAGAUAUUCUGGUCAUCUUCCUCUUACAAGUAUCACCAACGGACCCAUAUUGGAGAGAAUCCCAACCAGUGUAGUUUUGGUGACAGUUCUUUUAUCAUAGGUUCACAAUGUACCAAACACGAAUGUGUCCAACAUUUCCAGUCAAGACAAAAACUGAACAGUUGUACAAAAAGUAAGACUCUAGACAAUCAGCGUCAAAACAGUUGGAGUGUUAUCAAUGUCCAAACAGAUUCUCCUCAAUCUGAACAUGAUCUUCUCUCUCCCAUCAUCAGCGAAGAUGUGAAUCAUCAGCGUCUGGACCAAACAGUACCUCAGCAUCAGAUGACAAGAAGAAACACAGUGUGUCUGAACCAGCAGCAACCACUUCUUCUGACAGGAACAUCAGACUUCAAAACCUCCAGAUCAGGCUUCACAGGAUCCAGAUGUGAAGACAAACACCAGACUGAAAGCUGUGUUUUGUUGUCUUCAGAGUACAGAAGCGUGCUCUAAUGCACCACCUUCACAAAACAGUGACAUUACAGAAGCUCCACCUACCACCAGGAAGAAAAGUUCAACUAGUGGAGGUCAUUAAGUACCAGGUUUCUAUUCAGAUACUACUUCUGAUUGACUUUGUGGACAUUGAAUCAGUCAGAGGUCGCGAUAAGCAGAAAUAUUCUGUUACUGACAGAUUUUUUUUUUAAAGAUGACGGAAAAUUCUGAAGGCCAUUGGUCAUUUUGACAGAUUAAAAUACUGAGAGUAAUCUACCAAAGUAAGGUUUCACACAGCACUGAACAGAACCUGGACCAGGAUCACUGGUCUGUCUGUGUGAACAAGACAUCAAACAGUCCAUAACAGCAUCCUACCUGUAUAGAACCCUACAGCACGUCUAUAGAGCCCUACAGCACCUGUAUAAAACCCUACAGUGCCUAUAUAGAACCCUAUGGCACCAUUUUAGAACCCCAAGGCAUCCGUAUAGAACCCUACAGUGCCUGUAUAGAACCCUACAUCAUCUUUAUUGAACUUUACAGUGCCUGUAUAGAACGAUACGGCGCCUAUAGAACCCUGCAUUGUCUGUAUAGAACCCUACGGCAUCUAUAGAACCCUACAGUGUCUAUAUAGAACCCUGCAUUGUCUGUAUAGAACCGUACAGCGUCUAUAGAACCCGACAUUGUUCGUAUAGAACCCUAUGGCAUCUAUAAAACCCUACAGUGUCUGUAUAGAACCCUGCAAUGUCUGUAUAGAACCCUACGGCGCCUGUAUAGAACCCUACAGCGUCUAUAGAACCCUACAGUGUCUGUAUAGAACCCUACGGCGCCUGUAUAGAACCCUACGGUGAAUUCCAUCUUCUUCUGUUUCAGUGGAUGCAUUGAAAUCAGACUGAGGAGGGAACUUCACUGCCAUGCAUUAGACAUUUGUAAUGAAAUAAUCUGAUUCCGACUGAUUACAGAUGUUCUCUACAGUUUUUAUUUCAGCGCUGAUUCCGAUCAGAAUUCUAUGGGGUAAGGAAGCUGUCCAAAUACAGUUAGCUUUACUACAAUGGUGUAUAUGGGCCACAUAAGAAAAUAAAAACACAAGUCACUACAAGAAGAAAGUCUCAAAAUAUUGAGAUAGAACCUGUAAUUUUCCAAAAAUAAAAUCGUAGUUUAACAAAAAAAAACAACACAAUUUAACGAAAAUAAUUUUGUGGUUGGAAUAUUUUGAGAAUAAAUUUGCAAUUAUACGAUUAAAAAGUCAUAAUUUA